GACCACAUCAAAUGGAAGUUGGCUGAUGUGGUUUCACAGAUUGAAACUAUAUCUAAGGACAUAAGCAACCUAGAUGUUAGCACACAGCUUAGCCAGCCACAAAAGGACCUGAAAAUGAUGACUGUAAAAGCCCCUCAUGCCACGGGAUACUCACAUAAAGGUCCAGAGGAGCAGAUUGAUAAAUUGGAAAGGAAGGUAAUCGUACUGGAAGAGGAGAAAAGAUGUUUAGCAAAACAGCUCAAAGAUGUUACUGCCAUGAACACCCGGUGGCAGAUGUACGAUAGCCAGAGGGAAGACUAUGUCGUACAACUGAAUCUGAAAUUGAAUGCUUUACAGAAACAAGUGGAUGAGUUAUGUAUGCAAACAGGAAAAGAAGGUGUACAUCAUGUGGAGGAGUCAUGCAACGAGAAGAUCCAAGCGCUGGAGUACCAAGUGAAAACGAGUCAAGAAGACUUUGAACUGGAGCGUAUGGACAGAGGCAGAGUACAAGGACAGUUGCAGGAAUUUAAAGAAAAGUUAGAAGAUGCUGAACGUGUAAACAAAAAACAAAAGGAUUUGAUAUUCUUCUAUAAAGUACAACUUCGAGAACUCAGUCGCAGCUUUGAUCAACCUGAUUUAAGAGCUCCUUACUUGGCCAACAUUAACAGACCAAGAUCCAAGUAUUAUUUGAGGCAUUGUCCAGGUCUUGCUAAUGAUGUCGAAGUAGACGAAGUUAAUGAUUUUGAUGUAGAGGAUUGUUCUGGCUCUGGUACUUCCCCCAAAAAUCAGAAAUUUCUUGGGGGCAAUAUGGAUGAUGUUGAAGUUGAUGGAGAUGCCAGCAAUGUUGAAGCUGGUAAUGAUGAAGAUGUUGCCAGAGAUGAGGUUGAUUGUGGCGAUGUUGAGCUUCUCUGCCCAAAAUGCUCUAAACAUUUUGCCUACUCGGAGCAUGAAAAACUAAUGGAACACAUGGAUUACUGUUAAUGGGACACUUAAUGCUGAUUAAUUUAGAACAAUUCUUAUAA